AGCGCAUGCGCCGUCAGCGAUAGAAACGAGGUGGGAAAAUUCGUUCUAUUCGUUUGUUAUUAGCUACAGCGUUGUAGCUUAAGCAUGUUUUUAAAAACAGAUUUCAGUCUUUACGAAUUAUAAAGCGGGACGGAUACCGUAUACAAUUAAACAAGGAUUCCUCUCACCUGUUCAUUCAGCAUGAAGGUCGCAGUAGAAGGUUGCUGCCAUGGCGAACUGGACAAGAUCUACGAGACCAUUGGCUUUCUGGAGAAGAAGGAGGGGGUGAAAGUGGACUUGCUGCUCUGCUGUGGAGAUUUCCAGGCAGUGCGUAAUGAAGGUGACAUGAAGUGCAUGGCGGUUCCAGUCAAGUACAGGAUGAUGCAGACCUUUUAUAAAUACUACUCUGGAGAGAAGAAAGCUCCAAUCUUGACCAUCUUUGUUGGAGGAAACCACGAGGCUUCCAACCACCUGCAGGAACUGCCUUAUGGAGGCUGGGUGGCACCCAACAUUUAUUAUCUGGGUUAUGCUGGUGUUGUUCGCUACAAAGGGAUAAGAAUCGGUGGCUUAUCUGGAAUCUAUAAAUCACAUGACUACAGAAAGGGUCACCACGAAUUUCCUCCUUACAAUCCUGAAACCCUACGAAGUGUGUACCACAUCAGAAAUAUCGAGAUUUUCAAACUAAAACAGAUCCAGAUGCCCAUAGACAUUUUCAUAAGUCACGACUGGCCUCGUGGGAUCUACUACUACGGAAGCACAGCGGAGUUGUUGCGCAAGAAGAAGUACCUGCGUCAGGAAGUGGAGUCCAACACUCUGGGAAAUCCUGCUACUGAGGAGGUCCUGGCUUACCUCCAGCCCAGCUACUGGUUCUCUGCCCAUCUUCAUGUGAAGUUUGCUGCCAUGAUGCAGCACCCGCCCAAAGGUAAUGCUGCUCCACGUGUAACCAAGUUCUUGUCUCUGGAUAAAUGUCUACCUUACAGGGAGUUCUUACAGAUCAUAGAUCUUCCUGACAGACCCAGUUCAUCUGAGGGUCUGGAAUAUGAUCCAGAGUGGCUCGCUAUUCUGAAAGCCACCAACAGUCUACAGAGGACCACGCCGCAACCCUGGAAUCCCCCAGAGAACAACGGCCUGCAUGAACGGUGGGACUUCACAGCUUCAGAGGCAGCCAUGAUGGAGGUGGUGGAGGAUCUCAGCGGUGACCUCAGCAUUCCAGACAACUUCAGCCAGACCGUGCCAGCCUACGACGCCAACAGUCCUCAGCCGUACUCCACCCCAAGCUGCAACACCAACCCUCAGACGACCGAGCUCUGUGCCAAGUUGGGCCUCACAGACAUCUAUGCUCAGGCUGCACAGAGGCAGGACCAGCUGGGCAGACUUCAGAGCAGCACUGGAGGGGAGGACGAUGACGAUGGAAGUGCUGAUGAACCCAGUGAGUAUCCAACCGAUACGUCCGGGCUGUCCGGUUCUUUUAACCCUGAUGAGAUCACUUUAGAGGAUGAAUGGGAGGAAGAGGAGGAAGCAGCGGAGAAGGCAAAAAAACCCUCUGAAAUCCAAACACCCCUCCGUUUGGUUCUGCCAGAGCCUAAAUCUCAUUCCUCACCGGCUCCCCCGCCCCUUCUGAUGAACCUCCCUCCUCCCUGCCACUCUACUCCAAGAGCUCCUCACAUCCAGUCUGGAUCUGAAGAGGAAGAACAGCAUGAUAGCAGCGAUGCAGCAGCACGCAUCCUGAAACGAAGCAGCAACGAGCAUGUGGAAGCGGACAGCAAAGGUCCUACUCCCAGGAUCAAGCGCAGGAACCAGGUCAUCUACGCAGCAGCAGACGAUGAAGCGUGUGAGGGUUCGGGGUGAAGACAAAGCUGACAUUUCUACACUAGAGUGAUGAGUAACAUUUAUUUAUGUAGUGCUGCAGAGGAAUGAAUGCAAAAAGACAAGGAUUAGUGUCCAGAUUUACAGCUCUGGCAGCAUUUCUUUGUUGAAAUAUUAUUUUAUGUAUUUUAAUGAAACCAACACAAUUUUAGGGAAUAGAUUUUUCAGUUCUAUUUUUUUUAUUCCAGUUGUGACAUCAACUAUUAGUGAUGCAGAAAGAUAAAAAUCUAUUUUUUAAAUGAAUUAAUAAGUUGAUGGACAAAUAGAAUGCAAUAAAUGUGGCUGCUCGCUUAUCAACAUCAGUUUUCUUCACUCAGAACAGGUUUAACACCAGCAGUCAGUCUGAAUGAACGGAUGGUUUCACUGGAUUCUAGUAGACACUAAAGAUGAACCACUUCAAAGUCAAACCAUUUAAAUCCAUUACAGUUUGUGUUGAUUUCAACAAAAAAAAAUCUGACUGUUCUGUAUCAAAAUGUCAUGGUUCUUCCUCUGCUAUAUCUCCAGGUUUAAUUACAUAUGACACGUAUUUUUAGGGGGGGUAAUCUUGCUAACAAGCAGCAGUGUUGCUGCUACAGCUCUUCACUGGUUGUAUGGAGCUAGGAACGUUUUUUAACGUUUAUCUCCAUAUUUGUGUGACAAGUACAGAUGCAGAUCAAACCUACAAAUACAGAUCAGUUCUGCUAGUCUUAAAAUACAAACACAUUUUGAGUCUGAAAAUGCAAGUCAGUUGUACAAGUAAAAAACUCUUUGUCUCACAUUUCAGGCCACAUUCACAUUGGCACUGUUUGGUUGCUUCUGUUGAUGGUACAGUUUGUUUGCUCAUUCUAGGGUUCUAGGUUCACUUCAAGUGAAACGCACUGUCAAACUUUUCGCUUCAAGUGUGAAAGCAAACUGAACCAUCCAGUGAACCAAAGAGGAAGUGAUGUAGAAGCUGGCUGCUUCUCCUGCUGCUCAUACUGGACAGAUUCUGGUUAAUCCUGCAUUAGUUUGAGCACAGAAGUAAAAGCAGAAACCCCAAGACUGAAUAAACUUGGUUUACAAGCAAUUUCCGGCCCUGGCUAGUCAAUAAGCUGGAUUUCCUUCUUGGUCAGUGGUCAUGUUGGGGAAUAUCGCCCCCUUGUGAACAGUUGUCCAGAGCGUUUGGUCCUCUUAAUUUAAAAUGAAGUGUAAAAGCAAACCAAAGGAAUCACGCAAAGGUUCCUUUUUGUAAGGCAGGUAAGAAAUUUAAGGUCUAUGUCCUUUUACCUUGAUAGGUUGCAGCUACUUCCUGUAGACUUCCUCAGAAGGGUCCCGUGAUGUUGGUGUGAAAUGUCUUGUAGGUUUCUUAUGUCUUAAAAAAGGAACCUUUGCAUCAUUUAACCAAGAAGACCAUAUGAACAUCUUUGGACUAAACCAAAGGAAGAUGGGAAUUUUUUUUUCCCUGCCCAAUCAAACCCAGUCCCCCAGAGAAUCCUGGUGUGAAUGCACCCUUACACACCUGCUCAGGAACCAGUUAGAUUCCUCUAAUCCCUAGUGCAACCACCAUAGCUCCCUGAAAAUGAGUUGGUUUAUGGAUUAAAUUAAACAUUUUAAAACCCUUAGCAGAAUUAACUGAUGUUAGAACAUGUUUUUCAAUCUCCAGAAAGAAAUCUUUGCGUUUUCAUAAACAUAAAUGCUGCAGGGGCUCUGGCUGGAGCCUUCCUCUUGGUGGGUCCGGAGUCGUGGUAGGGUGGCUAGGGUUCGUGCUCCGGGAUUGCUGUUGAUCACUCGGAUCUCUGGGCCACCCUAGUCUGGCUCUAGCGUCCGUAGAGGCGUGGCUGCAUUUGCGCAAUCACGCUCAUCCUCUGCAUGCUGACACAGUCGCUGAGUUGUCCAGUGGGUUUAUACGCUAAAGCCUGGUACACACAAAGAUUAUCAGGCUGUUUCCCGACCAAGGACGGCAAACGCCUGAUUAUCAUGAGUCUUAUGAGGUUUUUCUGUACAAUUAUCAUUUGGUCUGAGGUGUGUUACAAGCAGAUUUGUUCCGAUAAUCCGCUCCAAAACGGAGAAUUGUAAAUUCCCUCUCAUGAUUCCCAGCUACGACCCGAUAUCUUCAUUUGUGUGAGGAAAGCUGACGACUCAUGAAUUUUGACUGUGUGGAUGGUGUCGUGGCACAGAAUGUAGCCAAUCAGAGAGCGAGCUGGCUGGGGAACAAGGAAGGAUAUAAAGUCCGUGUUCACACCGUCUAAAUUUUUUCAGUUUUGGCUUUUUCUGUUAACAAUAGUCCCAAGACCACCAUCAUUCCCUCGUCCUGUAUUAUCCUCUUCCAUGCUGGGUGUUGUGCUUUCUGGUUGUUACUGUGGUUGUUCUUCUACAUUUUUGUUAGAUCGCAUUUGGUCACUCAAGAUGUUCGGCUCGGAGGACUAGAUUGUAGAUCAGUUCUGGUACUUUGGUUGUUGCUGUGAUACAUGUUUUGCUUUUUGUUUUUGUAGGAAAUUCUGUGUUUCUGUACAGGCGUAGCAGUUGGUUGUC